UGCAGUUCCACAGGUUCCCUUAUAUAGUCUCCCAUCUCUAGCAGACGACGCCAAAACAAGAAAUUAUUUUCGUACCUUCAGAAAUCAUAUAAUUCCUUUUAGAUAUGUACAACGUGGACUGCAUUCCCAUCAAGGACAUCAAGCCGGGCCUCAAGAACAUCAACGUCAUCUUCAUUGUCCUGGAAGUGGGAGUGGCCACCGUAACCAAAGAGAAUCGGGAGGUGCGAAAUUUCAAAGUGGGUGACCCCACUGCCAGCAUAAAUGUCUCCAUUUGGGACGAGCCGGGGAAGCUGAUCACGCCCGGUGAUAUCAUAAGACUGACCAAAGGAUAUGCCUCCAUUUGGCGGCACUGCCUUACCCUGUACUCCGGCAAGAAUGGAGAAGUCUUCAAGAUUGGCGAGUUCUGCAUGAUUUUCAACGAGGGACUGAACAUGAGCGAACCGAAGCGUGCGGAGCAGCAGCCGGUGGGCAAUAAUCCCAUUACCCCAGCCGGAUUGCCGGCUGUGGGUGGGGCACCUGGCUUACCGGCGAAGGGAGGCGCCGUCCCUCCUAUACUACCUGCAGUGCCGGGUGGUCCGCCUGUCCAGAAUCCUGCCAAUACCCCUCCAGUUUCAGCUCCCAUCACGCCGAAUACGGUGGUGAAGCAGGGAUCGCGUGGCGGUAGAGGUGGCGGAGGACGUGGCGGCCUCAAAGGCGAAAGACGAUAGAGCUAAAGGGUCAAAAAGGGGCAAUUUUUGUUAAAUGAUGACCAAAAAAGGGAGCCAUAGUUCGUAAUACUCCCAAAAGAAAUUACAUUUUGUAUAUUAUAUUUAAGCCGCUUUCCGGAUUUCAACAGAAGAUUGUGAGCUUCAGAAGAUUUAUAUCUUAGCAUCAAUUGUAAAUUUAAAAAAUAAUAACUCCGGAAGAAUUGGAAGAUUUAUUUAAAUUCGAACUACUUUUGGCGUGAAACUUAAAGAGAACCCUACAGGUCUACUAUUGAGACUUCUGAGAACAAACCAUUUUGGGAUUGUAAAGCAUUUUUUUGAGAUUUUUGACGAAGAAACAAACUUUGUAUUUUUGUAAAACACAACCAUUAAAAACCCUGUUAGCUUAAUGAAUGUGCAACAAAUUUAAAUUAUGUAAAA